AUGAGUACUUCGAAGUAAACAGGAACUAACUCUAACAAAGGUGGCUUGGCUGUAGGUCCAACAGCUAAGGGUCUUCAAGGGGGUCCAUCUAAGAGAACUGGAGGAAUGGGUUUCUCGAUCUCUACCAAAUAGAGAGGUACAAGAGGAAACACAACAAGUAACCCUAAGUAUCACGAAGAAGAUUUAAAAUACAAGCCAAAGCCGUUGAUUGUUAUCCAUUCUUCUAAAGAUAACAAAGAUGCAAAAGGUGAUAAGAGUAUAGACAACUCAAAUUAAUUGAUUAACUAGGAUUAGUCCAAAACUAAUCAAUAAAACAAGGAUCAGACUUCCUAGUCAAUGCAGUCUUAACUCACUUCGUCAUUUUAAGAAACUUCAGAUGAUGAAGAAGCUAAGAAAAAACUUCAAGAAAAGCAAGAUAAAAAGAAUAAAAAAGCUCUUACUGAGAAAGAGAUCGACGCUUUAGUUGACAUUUAGAUUGGAGAGACUGAGACUUUCGAUCUUCUCUUUAUUCCAUCUUCUUCAGUUCAGAAUGAUACUGAUGAACAAACAAUAGUCACAGCAGAGAAUAAAAAAUAUGAGGAACUAAAGGCCAAUAAGGUUGGUAGCGACUCAUACAAUGAGAGAGGUUCUCAAACUCUUAACUUAACCCAAAAGACAAGAGAUAUAUUCUAUAGAGGAUUUAUCUAAGAAAAUAAGGACAUACAAGCAACUAAUUGGGAUAUUGAUGAUGCAUCUAAGGCAAAAAAGAUGACCGAGGCUAGAUAAUAGUAACUAGAUUAUACAUCUAGUAUCAAAACAAUAAUGGAAGAUAAUCUAAAGAACCCAUAUUGCCUUAUUGAUGCUGAAGCUAUUGCCUAAUCUCAUAUCUCAAUAGCAACUACUAAUGCUGGAAAUCAAAAGGCACAAGGUCAGACAGCUAGCAACUCUACUAAUUCUCAGAAAAAUAAGAUGCAAACUUCUUCUCAGCUUAAGCAGAGUACAAAUAAAUCUUAAACAAGCGAGCAGAACAGUGCCCCUUCACUUAGUUAAACUAAUGCUCAAACUGAUGGUACGAGCAAUGCAGGAGAUUUUAAUGCAGUACCUACUAAUGUCUAGUAUGUAGAUUCUGAUUUACCAGAGACAAUGAUGAAGGCAGUUAAGAUCAUUGAAAGAUUGCUAACCUAAUCUAAAUAUCAUGAGUAGCAUGUGCUUUAUAAGAACUAUCCACCUGUUAAUCUUCAUGAUAAGAAUAGAAAGACUUAAUAGGAGGAAGAGGAUGAAGCAAAUGCUAAGAAACCACUAUUCCCAGCAAUGAAAAAAGAUAAGAAACAAGAGGAUGAGUUAAAAGAUGAAGAUUAAGAUCUCGAAAAGGAGAAAGAGGAUGAGAACGCUGUUAGACUAAAACAUCUUUUCAAAUUUGAAUUCGAUAUGACUGAGGGAAGACAGGUUUCUUGCAUUGAUGUAAAUGAAGCGAACCCUGACCUUAUUGCUGUGGCUUAUGGAGAAUUUGAUAUUGAUUGCACUAAAAAUCUUAAAGAAGGUCUUUUGUGCUUCUGGACAUUAAAAAAUCCUAACUUCCCAGAAAAAAUUAUAAAAACUGAGCAUUCAAUUACGACCUGUCAGUUUUCUAAGAAAUCACCUCAUCUGAUUGCUAUUGGAGAUUCUCAUGGUAACAUUGCUAUUUACAAUGUUAAAAAUCCUGAUGACAAACCAAUUGCAGAAAGUAAAGAUCUCGAAGGAAAGCAUACAGAUAUUGUCUGGGAAAUCAAAUGGGUUGAAAGAGAUGGUAAAGGAGAGGCCUUAGUUUCCACUUCAGGAGACGGUAGAGUAAUCGAGUGGUCGAUGAAAAAGGGUCUUGAAUAUACUGAAAUCAUGCAACUCAAAAGAGAAACUAAUCCUAAUUAAAAAGAUGUGUUUGGUGGAGUCGAAGGAGACAAAAAAGGUGGAAUGACUUUCAUUAAUACCGGAGGUCUAAGUAUUGAUUUUCCUUAAGGGGAAAAUGGUAUGAACUACUUUGCUGCUACUGAAGAUUGCACAAUCCACAGAUGCUCAGUGUCAUAUUCUGAACAAUAUUUGGCUACUUAUUAUGGCCACACUGGACCAAUCUAUAGAAUUAGGUGCAAUCCUUAUUGGGAUCCUGUUGAAUGUCCAAUUUUCAUCACUUGUUCAUAUGAUUGGACUGUAAGAGUUUGGAAUGCAAAAGAUGAUAAUGGUCAGAAACUAAUCUGCCAUUAAAUAUCUUCUUUAAAGGAACAAGUAAACGAUGUAGUGUGGUCACCAAAUACCUCUUCAGUCUUUGCUUCAGUUGCAAAUGAUGGAAGAGUUGAAAUUUGGGAUCUCUUCAAAGAUAAUCUACAGCCUUAGUUGACCUACUUUGACAAAAACUCUGAUGGAGAGGAUAUUAAUACACCUAAAACUGUAGUAAGAUUUAGUCAUAGUGCUCCAGUAGUAUUAACUGGUAACAUUAAGGGUUCAGUUGAUGUCUACAGAGUAAACGGAUUAGAGCAUGUAUAGGUAUCAGAGAAAGAUCAAAUCUAGAGACUCUUAUCAGCAAUUUAGAAGGAUGAUUAUAGUGACAAUAAGGGCAAAAAGAGUGAAGGAGAAGGUGAAGAAGGCCAAGAGGGAGAGACUCAUUGA